AUGAGAAAGAAUCGCUAUUACAUUGAUGAUCCUAUAGUUAGUUAAAGGAAGGAGGCAUAACAGAUUGUGGAAUCAUUAUAUUUUAAUUAAAAGAAUAAUUUGUAAUAGAAGCUUGAGAAGGAGGAGGAAAAUAAAUUGGAAAAUGUAAUUGAAAAGUUGGAUGAAGAGAUUAAUUUUAGAAGAUUUUAGACAGCAUAAGAAUUAUUAGAAUUAUAUGAAGCUAAACCCUUAAAAUCUAGAGAAUAAUACUUGGAAUGGUUCAAUUAGUUGUCUUACUGUUUAAAGUUUCAGGAAUAAAUUUAAUAAAACAAAUUGAAUUACUACAAAAAAUUAGCUGGUCAGUACAAGGCCUAAUAUAAUAAGGAGUAUGAGAUGCCAAAUAUAGUUUUCUUGACUCCUUCUCAAAUUUUAGAGAAUUCAGUUUUUAAUCAAGUAAUCGAAGACUUUGUCUCUAAUUGUGAGGUAAUAGAAUGGCUGCAUGUUAGAAAGUAAAUCAAGAAAUCAUUCUAAACAUAACUUUAUUCAUUAGAUUAUUAUGCUUUAUAGAGACUAUGGGAAGAGAAUGAAUAUCCAAUCCAAACUAUUUAAUAUCUGUCAUUAAUCAUUAAGGACAUAACUGAAUCUAAGUUUGAGAAGGAUUAAGAACCUCAAUUUAUGGAAUUAUUUGAUGGUAAAUUUUAAUAAGGAUAAUCCUUGAAAAAGAUAUUAGAAUAGCUUCUGUUAUAGAAAAUGCAAUAGAUAAACUUUUAUGAUUUAAAUAAUGAAGAUUUUGCAAAUUUCGUUUUUAUUUACUAUUAAUAGUAAAAACUGCCAAUUUUACCUACAUUCCUUAAAGAAUUAGUGGAAAAUGUAAAGGAAAGAAUUAGUACUUUGAAUUUGUUGGAAAAUGUUAAAAUAUUGCAAGCGAUGUUAGUAAUUGAAAUCGGGGAUAAUUAGUCAUAUUGUUACCUCUUGUGGAAUAUCAUACGAUUGAAAAAUAGAAUCAAUUCUGACUAUUCAAUCAUAAAUGGGAUUAUUUUCAUAUUGUUGCAUUUUAGAUAAAACAUCCUCUUUGUGAAAGGAAAAAGAAAUUAUCCAAAACCUAUUAUUGUAGAGGAUGCCAUGGUGUUCUCUGAAAUAUUUCAUCAUUUAACCGAGGACUUGAAGUUAUUUGGUUUUGUCCACCUUAGUCAGCUGCUUACAAUAGCAUCUAAAAAUUUCGCAGACCCAGCUAAAUUAAAUGCAAUUAUAGUUUCGCUCUUUUAGAAGCCUGAAAUAAAUCAGAAUAUUUAGAUUGAUCAUAAAAUUGAUUUGUAUUACUAGGCAACACAAUUGGGAGGAGCUAUACUUGAUGUUACUCAAAUAUUAAAGUAUAAAGUACAGCUUCUACAAUCCCAUUCAAUAACUGGUUUCUUUGAGAAGAAUUAAUAAUCAGAAGGGAACCAGAUUACAGGAUAUUACCCAUAUUACACAAAUUUAUUGGAUAGUUUAAUCAAAUUGAUUUGGACAAGCAUCAUAUAAAAUAGCAAAUGUUUUGAAGACAUCAAUUAUCUAAUAUUUAAGGUGAAUGAAUUGACAAGAUUGUAAACAACCAUAAGGAUUGAUAGAGUGACAUAAAAACUGAUUUCAUAAAUUAACUAAUACAUUUCCCUUGCUGGAAAGACCAUAUUUCCAAAUAAAAUUGAUAUUCAAUAGAUUUUGGAGAACAAAAAUAUUUAUAAAAAACUUGAAAAAUUUGGUAACCCAUUAAUGUUGCACUCUAAAUUGUAUUUGCAAGAAAAAUACUAUUUUUUAUAGAAGUAUGAGAAGAAUUUAGAGAAGGAUGUGUAUUACGAAGAUGUAUUAUUAGAUUUUGUUUAUACAAAUUAGAAAACAGGGAACAAAGCAUUGAUUUUAUUGAAUGGAUCAAGCAAUUACCAAAUUUCUGCAGUCGGUGAAAUGAUUCCAAAUUCAAUGAUAAAAUUUUAAGAUGAUCUCUUGGCAUAAUCUGAGAUUCCAGUUAUUUAAAUCAAUCUUCCCGAUAUGAUUCAAAGCCAAUCUAAGUCUUUUUAUGAGGAACAAUUAAAGGACAUUCUGGAAGAUGGAUCGAAUGAAUAUGAAGACGUCGCUAAUGCAAUUCAAGAGACAAGAUAGAAAAUAAGGAGAGACUUUAAUUAUUUGUCAAUCCAUUAAUAAAAGAAUGAGGAAGAAAGUCAGGAAGAAAAGGAGGAAGAGGGAGAAGUUUAGAAUGAUGAUACAUAUGCACUUUCAGAUGAGGAGAAAUGA